AUUAUCGCGAACGUUUGUUUGUAACUGUGUAGAUUAUGGAGGGAGUUUGUUUUUUCGGCCAACUCCUUGUUAUUUCUAUUUAAGUGAUUGUCCACACCUAGAAGUAACUUUGUUUGCACGGAGAUGACGCUCCGAGCUGGUGCGUCUAAUAUUUCUGUCCGAGCAUGGCGUCGCUACUUCACUCUAUCAUCUGUUGAUGCAGUCAUCGAAUUGAUGCGAGAAGUGUUUAUUAGUUGUGGAGUAGUUUUUUCUGAUGAGCAGACAGGAAUGAAGCAUCUGGAAACUAAUACCAUCAGUAACUCGGAGAUGUGUGACAUUGGAGUCGAUUCCUCCAUCAAAGAGCCUAAUUUGGCUUUCAUAUCUAUUGUAUUAGGUUACAUAGAAAAUCAUCUUACUUCUAGCACAUCAGAAGACUUUGAUUCCAUAAAACUAAAAAAUACUCUUCAUCGCAAACUUGUAUCCAGAAGAAAGGAAAAUUUACCUCAAAAUUACCCCCGUUCACGUUCAUCUUCUCUUACAAAAUCACAAUCACCCUUAUCUGUUCAUCUUGAAACACCAGAGGAACAGUCAGAAGGUUCUAAUGACCACCUGGAACUGAACAAUAAGUUAAGUUCUCUUCCCAGAUCUUUGUCAUCAAAUGUAUUCUUACAAGAAGCUAUUCACGAAUCUCCUGUAUGUCGUCGUCGUGCUAGACGAUUUGGUUCUGCUCGUCGUGUUCGUCAACGAAACGAGUCUGAAAUAUCUGCUUCUGCAGCAACUGCAAUUGAAUCCCCACUCACCAUUGCUGCUAAAAAUGAACCACUACAAAUACUCACAGAUAUACCAGUUAGAAAGCGACGUCGAUUUUCUGAUAGCACUAUACCAAAUUCAGCUUUUCCAUGUUUAACAUUUGAUGAACUUGAACGCUUGUAUUUAGAUUUCUAUAAUCUCAUCACUAAUUCUCCUAAAUUGAAACCUUUUAUAGCAGACACAAUCAGUUUUAUUAAUGGAUCCGAGUCUAAAACACAGAAAUUUCACUGUACUUCAACAAUAACGCCAGCAAAGAAAUACGCAUGUCGUGCACUUAUCUGUGCCAUAUGUGAAGUUUUAUGGAGCCAAAUGACAGCUAGUCGUGUCAAAGAACGAUUGACGCACACACAAAGCGUGUAUUCUUUUCUAACAACGGGCAUUCUAGAUAGUUUCGGAUUGGCGUAUACAGUUGUAGCGGCCUGCCAACUCCUCGGUUAUUCUGAUGUAGACCUAGCAUUAUCCGAAGACCACGGUUGGGUUGAAUUUGGUCCUCCGGAAUCUCGUCAGACAGCUGAUGUAGCUAGUUGGGUACAUGAAUCUCAUACAUCUGCCAGUUCGCAUAAUUCGGAAUUCUCUAAUUCGCAUGAUGAAUUGGUGCAACAAACAGAGCACUCUAGGACUAGAAAAACAUCGUCGUCUACUGAAGAUGAGCAUAAUCCACCUUCCAUUCGCAUUCCACCACUCGAACAUUCUUGGCUUUAUGUAAGUGGAUAUCCGGUAGUUUGUCGUCCACGCAUAAUGGCUGUAGCUGCUGCGAUUGCGGCGAUACAACCAGGGGCUUCAUUAUCUGCUGUCACUCAAGCUCCAACUUCAGAACCUUUUGCUUAUGGCACGCUUUCACCAAAUCCUUCAGUAUCCUCCGGUGGUGACCUUAUUACACCUACCGGUUUAGUUAAGCAUUUAUCAUCAGCAUCAGUGAUCUCGAUGCAGCUGGUUACAUUAAAGCAUCAACUUUUAUGGUUAUGCUUCGAUGCUGGUUGUCUAUCACGUUAUCCUUUGGGAUUAACUAAUUUAGGUGAUUUAGAAGAUGCAUUUCCUACUAUGGGACGACUUGCUACAUAUUUAAAUUCAUUACAUUCAUCAGUUAAAACAAAUUUAAAAUGUACUAGUGAUUUGACAAAUGAAUCAAAUGUUUUGGUGGAUCAGUCUAACUGCUCGUCAUCUGUUUCACCGUCCACUACUACUGCUACUACUACUUCAAUUCCAAAUUCACGUAUAAAACUGUCAGACUGGCGGAAUUCUCAAUUGCCAGAAACUGUUUCACUGGCUUUGGCUCUUUACAAUCGUGCUAUUUUAGUCAAUCAACACUAUUAUUCUAAUCAUCAUGUUUAUCCGUAUACAUGCUUGGCAGGAUGUUUGUACAGGCAUGGAGAUAAUCGAAGUGCAUUGCGCUACUGGGCAGAGGCAUCUAAAGUUAUCGGACAUUACAAUCAUACAUCUGAAGAUUGGGAAAUUUAUCGUGAGCUUUUAGAAAUUGCCACACAUUUAAUGCCUCAAAUGUUUCGAUCGGCUAGUGAGAAUUCACAUUUUUGUUCUGAAGGUUUAGUUGACACUGAUCCCGAUGGUUGCCUGUAUCAACCAGAUAAUAUUCUGGAUGAUCCACACUGCCUUUCUUAUCUGUUAUCAUUUUAUGAUCAUUUAUGUUUAUGGGAAGAAGGUUCACCUGUGCCAGUUUUACAUGUAGGUUGGGUUGAUAAAUUAAUGGUAAAUUUGACACGAUUUACUCAACGUGCUAGACGUCAUCUUUGCUUGUCUAUAGCAUCCGAUAAAGAAGAUAAUAAAAGUGAUAUUGUCCAUUCACCUGCAUUAACACAUUCAACAUGUAGAUCAAGUCGAUGGACAACUGAAUCAACUGAUACAACAAGUGAAACAGGAGUACUGAAUAUGAAUAACAUUAAACGUACUCGUCGAAAUCGAUCGAAUCAAAUCGAUGUCACAUCUAAUUUGUCUACUCCUAUCGCUAAAAAUGAUCUUCCAAAACCGAAUGAUGAUAUUGAUGAUGUAAAUGCUAAACCUGAACUAAUCAAUGAUUAUUAUACUGAUGGAAAUAUUCAAUCUCCAUCUUCUGUAAUAACAAAUCAAGAUAUAACUGGUGAAAUGUCUACAGUAGUUACAAGAGCACAAAAUAACAAGAGCGAUAUGGAAACGGAUUCAUUAGUGGGAGCUAACAAGGGUUCUAAUCCUCAUAUAGUAAAAUCUUGUAGAACUUCUGUCACAGUUGAAAUACCCGAAGAAACAUCCAACACAAAGAUAUCUAUUAAAGAAUCCUAUUCACCCAAUACAAAAUCUGUCCAAUCAUCCACUCAUACAAAUUCAAUGUUUGAUGAUAUUCAAUCUGAUGCGGAUCAGAUUUUGUUGGAUACUGAGGAACAAGAUGGAUCACCUUCUCCACUAAUGGAUUUUCCUAAUCAUGAUGAUUUACUUGCAAGUUUAGUUGAAGCAUGUGAUCAUCGUCUGUUGAAUCCAGCUUUUCUAUGGGGCAUGGAACCUCAUUCACCUUUUCUGCCAGCUAACGUUGCUCCAGAAGAAGCAUUAAAUCGUCUAAUGACAGUAUUAGAAGAAAGUAAACCAUCUGCUUCCAUAAUACACAAUUCAAAUGAUAUAAUAUCUACAGAAACUGUGGUUCAUCAUAUUUUUCCAACACCUCCAAAUUCAGGAAGUUUUACUGGAUCCUCGGAAAAUAUUAUCCAUGAAGAAUCAACUCCAUCUACUACAUUAUCUCAUACAACAUUAUGUACAUCACCUCGAGUUCCAGAAAGUUCAGUACGUGAAAUAGAAAAACUAACAUCAACUGCAAUAACAGUCCCUAUUUGUUUAGAAAAUCAAGAACAUUCAACUAACUACCCUGUUGAUAGAAAUAAUAAUUUAGAAAUCACAUUAAAGACAAGUUCUGUAUUACCAACAGAAAAGCAUACAUUGUUUCCUGACAAUUUUGACACUGUCGAUGGCGGUUGUAAUAAUAAUAAUGGUGAUGGUGUUUCGUCGGAAGAUUUCGACCUUUUAACUAAUAUUCCUAAUGAAUUAAUGGAUUCUGUCGCCAGCCUAGUAGUUGAUAAUCACAAUCACCAUCAAACUGAUCAUCAAACCAAUUCAAACAGUCCUCCUACUGAUUUUUUUGAUUUAUUAUUAGAAUCAGAAAAUAAUUUAAAUACAACAUUAUGUAAUCAACAUCAAUGUGAAAUAGAAAAUCAAGAACAAAAUAUAAAUAUUAAUGGUAAUAAUAGUGUUGUCAACCAGUCGUCAACAAAUCAUCGUACAGUUAAAACAAUGGAAGAAUUAACUGUUCACUUAUCAUUAUAUUCAGUUAAGAUGGCUUCAAUUAUUGAAUUGUUACGAGCGCCUAGAUUGAAUUCCUCGGCGAUUAAACUAGCAUUGACAGCACAAAGUCAAGUGUGUGUUCGCCGAUCUAGUAGUGUACAUUCUAAUUAUUUUUAAUCGUUUUUCCUUCAUUGCAUUGUAGUAUGUAUUUAUCAUUCAUUCUUUGUGGUAUAUAUAUAUUGAAGUUUAUUAGUCUAACUGGAUCAUUUUUUUGUGUAUGUGUGUGCAAAUGUACAUAGAUACUUAUUAUGUGUCUGUAUGCUUGAUCCAAGUGUUCAUUAUUCUUUUUGUAAUUCUUUCGAUUUGUUCAUUGUUUAUUUUUUUCAAAUCUAUUGUAAACACUAGAUUACUGUUACCUUUGUUAAUUAGGGAUAGAAUCAUUAAAUCAUGUCUAUUAUUCUCAAUUGUCAGUUUUGCAUUAUGAUAUUUCUCGUUUCUUUUUACUUGUUAUCUGUACAUAAGCAUAUGAGUAUAUCCGUGUAUUCAUACGUUGCUCUUAUGUUUUAUUUCAAUAGAUCUUUGCGUUAGUUAACACAUUUCUAUCCAUCUAGAUAUACCAUCAAUAACUAUUAUCAUUCAUAUUAUUGAACAUUAAAUCACUCAUUUUUGCUACAUAUAUGUGUAUUAUAUGUCGUUAAAAGGAUUACUUGAAGCUUUUACUUUCUGUCUAAUUAAAAGUAUCCCCGAAUUCCCCUUAUAUAUCAAUGCAUAGAAAUUUCCUUUUUCUGAAAUUCAGUUGUUCUUCUUAGAUGGUAUUUAACUAUUACAUUUUGCCAGUUGUACACACUUUUCUUGUAUUGUCUUUUUAUGCCUAACUCUCUCUCUCUCUCUCUGUCCGUAUUCUCUCAUCAGCCAUUAUUGCCAUCCUCCAUUGUCCAUACAUACAUAUGAUUCACUUUUUAAAAAAAACUAUUUUGUUUAAAAGUAACUACAAAACUAUUUUUUUGUGUCUUCAAAAGAGGAAUUUUCAAAAUAUUUUUUCUAUCGUUUUGUAACCUACAUUAAUUGUGUAUUAUUAUUACUCUUAUAAGUGUAUAUUGAUUCGCCUGUACAUUCUACUUAUUUUUCUAUUAUUUUACUCAGACUUUGUAUGUGUGCUUACUUAUUGUCUACAUGUGUUUCUAUGCUGGACUCAUGUUGAAACACGACAAAAACAUGUGUAUGUAUAUUUCAUUGUAUUUUCUUUUACACCGAAAAUAAUAUAACUAUCUGCGUUUUUCUCAUUCAAAUGUAUGUUGUUUUGUACAUGUGUAUGUGUGUGUUUGUGUGUACGUUUUGUAAAGUCGACGUGUAACUCUUUUACCUCUUGGUCGUCCCAACACCGGUUGAUUCCUCUCUGUAUUUUUUUUAUUUCUAAAAAAAAUCUUGACCAAACAUGUGUUUUGACCUCAGAUUAAAUUUUAUCGAAUUUGUUUAUUUACACUUUUUUUAUUAUAAAAAACUCUAAUAGUUUAUUUGAUUGUUCUAAAUUCCGGUGAAUUAAUUCAUUCGUGUUAUGUCUAUGUAAAUCUGUAAAGAGUCACUAUUAAAAGCCUUUUGUGUUUCAAUUUGUGUUUAUUACUAAAUUCUCAACUUUUAGAAAGUUUACACUGUUGUUCUGAGUGGUCGUCCGAGUCUGAUACUGAUAUAUGUACAGUUCUUGUAUACAUCCCCAAUUAGCUACUUGCAUAAGGAAGGUAAGAGUAAUUAGGGAGAUUUAUUGGCUACCAAAUAGGAAUAUAUCCACAUAUUCAUUAAUUAAUAUGGAUUUUUCCAUCGAAAAGCCAGAGUGUUAGCCUUUCUCCCUCGGAUAAUUAAGCCACAUUUUAGCCGAUAUCGUACACUCGUUAGCAUCUCUUGUCUAUCAUUUGGUCCUGGACUGAUGUGUCCGGUCGGCCCAGCCUAUCAUACCCAUAACAUUUGAACAUGUUUUUUGAAAGAUGUAUCGGGAGUCAUGUGUUAAUGCAUUUGCGAUAGUCGACUGAACUAAAACAUAAUUCUGAGGUGGGAAAACAGAACAAACUCAAUAGUGGUUUUAGAAAUUUUGCUUUUAACCUAAACUCUGUUUACUCUACCCAUCUGUAGCAAAUCAUAUUAAAUCUAACCAAAGUUCUUAAUGUAUUUUUUACUUGGAUGAUAAGACAUUGACUUAUGAACCGCAUCAUAGUUCCCAGAAUUCUGCAACCUAAAUCCUGGGUAGGAAGUACGGUAAAGUUUUUAUUUCGAAGGUUGGUCAGUGUAUUCAGAACCAAAGUAUUUAUGGGUCUUUAUCUGACUAAGUUUUCGUAACGUGUUAAAAUUAAUGGUAUAGUCUAUUGGAAUCUAAUCAGGUUACUGCACAGCUUGUCUUCUAGAAUACCAAUUGAACUACGUGUGUUCAGCAUUCCCCUAGCUUCUAGAUAUUUUUAAGGGAUGAUUGAGGGUUAUCCAUAAUGUCUUCUUAUUAAAAUGAUUUUAUUUUUAUUUUGGAAUAAUAAAAAGACUAGCCAUGACUUCUUUGAGAUUCAUAAUAAUAAUGAUCUUACUCGGAGUCCUAACCAUGGUUUCAAAUGUUAGUACUUAACAUCACAACUACUUAAUUGACUGUUCUCGUUCAAUAUAUACUUCAACAAACUAAAAGUUUCUCAUUUGUACAAAUAAUUUCUUAUAAUAAGCCGUCAUACACGAUAUGCUCACUUCGUGCUCAUACCACAAGCAAUUUUACUGUAGAACCCUGUGCACUGGUUACUUUACAAUUUUUGGCCAACCCUCUGAUCCAUCCAUCCCAGACCUUAUGGGCCUUUCCAGAAAUAGUUUGUUCAAGCGCCAAAACGAAGUUUUUCUCCAGCACUACAAUCACGUUUUCAAUUCAAAGUUAUCCUCUUUUACUUCUCGUUAAUCAGAUAGAGUAGGUGAUUAGGACGAUCUCCAUCGAAUGACCGCCAAAUCCAUGAAACACUACGUGGAAGUGUUAGUAGAACUUUUUCUCCCCAUACAAUUGUUUACUUU